UAAAAGAGCACAGAGGCUCCAGCUCGCUAGUUUGCCUCGCUGCCUGCUUGCUCUCUCUGUUUUCCUCUUCUUUCUUUCGUUUUUUCGCUCGUUUUCCGGGAAACCCGUGGUGGUUUUUUUUUUUUUUUUUUUUCUCUCUCUUCGUUCGAGAUCUUCGGAGCCGUCUCUUCAACAAGAUUCCGCCGACGAAGGAGGAGGAGAAGAACGAAGCAGAUUUUGUAAAGCGAACUCCUUGCAACUUCUCGAUCCUCUCAGCGGUCGAGACCUCCCUUUUUCUGUUUGUUUCCCUGGAAAAUAGAUCUUUUUUCCUCCGAUUUUCGUUGAAGCGAGGUCUAAUCCGGCCCUGAAACGGAAUCGGUUGGGGACAUUUGCGCAGAUCUGUUUUGCUGAGAAUUGAAAGGACCUGGAAACUAGCUUUGAUUCGGAUCUGAAACCUUGUAUUUCGUCCCUAAUCAAACUCAAAGACUGGAUCUAAUUUAGGCUCGUACAAGGAAUUAAUUUUCUUUAAAGGCUAGUUUUUGUGUGAAAAAAUUGCAUUUUUAUAUAGCUUUCUGGACAAAAAUCUAAAGGUAGAUUGUGAACAAUGUUGGGAGCCAGUGGUUCUAUUCUCCAGCUCCGAACAAAACCCUGUCUUACACCUCAACUGAACGCUAGUCCGAUAACGAGGGUCUCCGGCAGACCGGCGAGAUGCUCUGCGACUAGGAAAUCGUCAAAUGCUGUGGAGAAAAAGUUCUUUGGAACUAGACUUAGGGCUUCCGGGUCGGAGAGAGUCCAUUUGUGGCGAUCCGACGGCCCCGGUAGGUCCCCGAAGCUUCGGGUUGUCGUCCGCUCCUCGCUCUCUGCCGUUCCUGAGAAGCCCCUUGGUCUAUACGACCCGUCGUUUGAUAAGGACUCUUGCGGUGUCGGCUUCGUCGCUGAAUUGUCCGGCGAAAGCAGUCGCAAAACGAUUACGGAUGCUCUGGAGAUGUUGGUGAGAAUGGCACAUAGAGGGGCUUGUGGUUGUGAGACAAAUACUGGUGAUGGUGCUGGAAUUCUUGUAGCCCUUCCUCACGAGUUCUACACAGAGGUUGCUAAGGAUGCUGGGUUUGAGCUUCCACCACCGGGUGAAUAUGCUGUUGGUAUGAUGUUCUUGCCCACAUCUGAAAGUCGCAGGCAAGAAAGUAAAAAUGUAUUUACAAAGGUAGCUGAAUCUCUUGGGCAUACUGUUCUUGGGUGGCGAUCAGUGCCAACAGAUAACUCAGGAUUGGGAAGGUCUGCUUUGCUGACAGAACCAGUGGUUGAGCAAGUCUUCCUUACCCCUAGUAAUAGGUCAAAAGUUGACCUGGAGCGCCAGAUGUACAUAUUAAGGAGGCUUUCAAUGGUUGCUAUACGCGCUGCGUUAAACCUGGAACAUGGUGGUGCUAAAGACUUUUACAUUUGCUCUCUCUCCUCGAGGACUAUUGUUUACAAAGGUCAGCUGAAGCCCGUUCAAUUGAAGGAUUACUAUUUUGCAGAUCUUGGCAAUGAAAGGUUUACGAGCUACAUGGCCCUGAUACACUCUCGAUUCUCAACAAAUACUUUUCCUAGCUGGGAUCGUGCUCAACCUAUGCGUGUCUUGGGCCACAAUGGGGAAAUAAACACCCUUAGAGGGAAUGUGAACUGGAUGAAUGCUCGAGAGGGAUUGUUGAAGUGCGAGGAAUUGGGUCUGUCAAAGAAUGAGUUAAAGAAGCUUUUACCCAUUGUUGAUGCUAGUUCAUCUGAUUCAGGAGCUUUCGAUGGUGUUCUUGAAUUCCUGAUUCGAUCUGGCAGAAGUCUUCCUGAAGCUGUAAUGAUGAUGAUACCUGAAGCAUGGCAAAAUGACAAGAAUAUGGAUCCUGAACGAAAGUCAUUGUAUGAGUACUUCUCAGCUCUCAUGGAGCCAUGGGAUGGACCAGCUCUUAUAUCAUUUACUGAUGGUCGAUACCUGGGAGCCACUCUUGAUCGAAAUGGAUUGCGACCUGGACGUUUCUACAUCACCCACAGUGGACGUGUUAUAAUGGCAAGUGAAGUUGGUGUUGUAGACAUUCCACCCGAAGAUGUUAGCAGGAAAGGAAGACUUAACCCUGGAAUGAUGCUUUUGGUAGAUUUUGAAAAUCAUAUUGUGGUAGAUGAUGAAGCCUUGAAGCAGCAGUAUUCAAUGGCAAGACCUUAUGGAGAGUGGCUGAAGAGGCAAAAGAUUGAGCUCAAAGACGUAGUUGAUUCUGUUCAUGAAUCUGACAGGGUUGCUCCAGCCAUAGCCGGAGUGUUGCCGGCAUCUGCUGAUGAUGAGAACAUGGAAAACAUGGGCAUCCAUGGUCUGUUGGCUCCUCUAAAAGCUUUUGGUUACACUGUUGAAGCCCUUGAAAUGUUGUUGCUUCCUAUGGCUAAAGAUGGUGUCGAGGCCCUUGGGUCAAUGGGGAAUGAUACUCCCUUGGCUGUCAUGUCCAGUAGAGAAAAGCUCACAUUUGAGUACUUCAAGCAAAUGUUUGCUCAAGUAACGAACCCCCCAAUUGAUCCUAUCCGAGAGAAGAUUGUCACUUCCAUGGAGUGUAUGAUUGGUCCAGAAGGAGACUUGACUGAAACCACUGAAGAACAAUGCCAUCGCCUCUCCCUGAAAGGGUCCCUUUUAUCAAUUGAAGAAAUGGAAGCAAUUAAAAAGAUGAAAUAUAGAGGUUGGCAAAGCAAAGUUCUUGACCUUACUUAUUCUAAGAGCCGUGGUAGGCAGGGCUUGGAGGAGACUUUGGAUAGGAUUUGCACUGAAGCUCAUGAUGCUAUUAAAGAGGGGUAUACUACAAUAGUACUUUCUGACAGAGCCUUCUCGAAGAAGCGUGUUGCCGUAAGCUCCCUCUUGGCUGUUGGUGCGGUUCAUCAAUAUCUUGUUAAAAAGCUUGAGCGCACUCAAGUUGGGUUAAUUAUUGAAUCUGCCGAGCCACGUGAAGUGCACCAUUUCUGUACACUCGUUGGAUUUGGUGCGGAUGCUAUCUGCCCAUACUUGGCAAUAGAGGCCAUUUGGAGAUUGCAGGUUGACGGUAAAAUCCCACCAAAAGCUAAUGGUGAGAUUCACUCCAAGGAGAAGCUGGUGAAGAAAUACUUCAAGGCAAGCAAUUAUGGAAUGAUGAAGGUUCUUGCCAAGAUGGGAAUAUCAACUUUGGCUUCUUACAAGGGUGCUCAGAUUUUUGAGGCUCUGGGUCUUUCAUCAGAAGUGAUCGAGAGGUGCUUUGCUGGAACUCCAAGUAGAGUGGAAGGUGCAACAUUUGAGAUGCUUGCUGGUGAUGCUCUUCAUCUGCAUGAUUUAGCAUUCCCAUCUCGCGCGUUUCCCAAAGGAAGUGCAGAAUCUGUGGCCCUGCCAAAUCCUGGGGUUUACCACUGGAGGAAAGGUGGUGAGAUUCACCUCAAUGACCCUCUCGCAAUAGCAAAGCUUCAAGAGGCUGCCAGAACUAAUAGUGUGGCUGCUUACAAAGAGUAUUCCAAGCUCAUUCAUGAAUUGAAUAAAGCCUGCAAUUUGCGGGGGAUAUUGAAAUUUAAAAAGUCAGACGUGAAAGUUCCCUUGGAUGAAGUGGAACCUGCCAGUGAAAUUGUUAAGAGGUUCUGUACUGGGGCCAUGAGUUAUGGAUCUAUAUCAUUGGAGGCACACACAACACUGGCUAUUGCUAUGAACAGAAUCGGGGGGAAAUCGAAUACAGGUGAGGGAGGCGAGCAGCCCUCUCGCAUGGAGCCUCUUCCGGACGGUUCCAGGAAUCCAAAGAGGAGUGCUAUCAAACAAGUUGCCAGUGGGAGAUUUGGAGUCUCGAGUUACUAUCUUACAAAUGCUGAUGAGCUGCAGAUAAAAAUGGCUCAGGGGGCCAAGCCCGGUGAAGGAGGUGAACUUCCUGGUCACAAAGUUGUAGGAGAAAUUGCUGUCACCAGGAAUUCUACUGCUGGAGUGGGACUUAUUAGCCCGCCUCCUCAUCAUGAUAUCUAUUCAAUUGAGGACCUAGCUCAAUUAAUUCAUGAUCUAAAGAAUGCUAAUCCGGGUGCUCGAAUCAGUGUCAAGUUAGUAUCUGAAGCUGGUGUUGGUGUAGUUGCCAGUGGAGUUGUUAAGGGGCAUGCCGACCAUGUCCUGAUCUCAGGUCACGAUGGAGGUACAGGGGCAUCUAGAUGGACUGGCAUCAAGAAUGCUGGGCUUCCGUGGGAACUUGGUUUAGCUGAGACUCACCAGACCUUAGUUGCAAAUGAUCUUCGUGGUCGCACAGUUCUCCAAACAGAUGGCCAGCUGAAAACCGGAAGAGACGUGGCCAUAGCUGCACUUCUUGGUGCAGAAGAGUUUGGUUUCAGCACAGCACCCCUCAUAACACUUGGCUGCAUCAUGAUGCGGAAGUGCCACAAAAAUACAUGCCCUGUUGGAAUUGCAACACAAGAUCCAGUGCUUCGGGAGAAGUUUGCUGGAGAACCUGAGCAUGUUAUUAACUUCUUCUUCAUGGUAGCAGAAGAGGUGAGAGAGAUAAUGUCACAGCUAGGAUUUCGAACUUUGACUGAGAUGGUUGGUCGCGCAGACAUGCUUGAAGUUGAUAGAGAAGUAACCAAAAACAAUGAGAAGCUGGACAACAUCAAUCUCUCCCUAUUACUCAGACCUGCUUCUGAUAUUCGGCCUGAAGCUGCCCAAUACUGUGUCCAGAAACAGGAUCAUGGAUUGGACAUGGCUUUGGACAACAAACUCAUUUCUCUUUCAACAGCUGCUCUAGAAAAGGCUUUUCCCGUGUACAUUGAUACACAAAUCUGCAACGUCAAUCGUGCUGUAGGAACAAUGCUUAGCCAUGAAGUGACCAAACGUUACCACAUGGCAGGGCUCCCUGCAGAUACCAUCCAUAUAAAAUUCAAUGGCAGUGCAGGUCAGAGUUUUGGAGCAUUCCUCUGUUCGGGCAUCUUACUGGAGCUUGAAGGUGACAGCAAUGAUUAUGUUGGUAAAGGUUUGUCAGGUGGCAAAAUUGUAGUUUAUCCUCCAAAGGGAAGCUUGUUCAAUCCGGAAGAAAAUAUUGUGAUUGGUAAUGUGGCUCUUUAUGGGGCAACAAGUGGGGAGGCAUAUUUCAAUGGAAUGGCAGCAGAGAGAUUCUGUGUUCGUAAUUCAGGGGCUAGGGCAGUUGUGGAAGGUGUUGGUGAUCAUGGUUGUGAGUACAUGACAGGUGGUAUUGUUGUUGUACUUGGAAAAACUGGCAGAAAUUUUGCGGCAGGUAUGAGUGGUGGCAUUGCUUAUGUUCUUGAUGUGGAUGGAAAAUUCCGAUCUAGAUGCAAUCCGGAGCUUGUUGAUCUUGAUAAAGUUGAAGAAGAAGAGGAUAUCAUGACUCUUAGAAUGAUGAUACAGCAGCAUCAACGUUACACAAACAGCAAUUUAGCCCGGGAUGUAAUAGAAGACUUUGAGAAGCUUCUUCCUAAAUUUAUUAAGGUUGUCCCCAGGGAAUACAAACGUGUUCUUGCAAACAUGAAAGUAGGGGAAGCCUCAAUAGAUUCUGUAAAGGAUGCUGCUAAAGAUGACGAGGUGUCAGAUGAGGAGGCUGAUUUGAUGAAGAAAGAUGCUUUUGAAGGGCUAAAGAAGAUGGCAUCUGCGACUUUGAAUGGGAAUUCCAACCAGAAAGUGGAAGAAGCUGAAUCCUUGAAGAGGCCUAGUCGCGUUGAUAAUGCUGUUAAACAUCGUGGUUUUAUAUCUUAUGAGCGUGAGGGUGUUCAAUACAGAGAUCCUGUCGUGAGAAUGAAUGACUGGGAAGAAGUUACGGAGGAAUCAAAACCUGGCCCACUUUUGAAGACUCAGUCUGCCCGUUGCAUGGACUGUGGCACUCCUUUCUGCCAUCAAGAGAACUCCGGAUGUCCUCUUGGAAACAAAAUACCUGAGUUCAAUGAGUUGGUAUACCAAAACAGGUGGCAUGAAGCAUUAGAUCGACUUCUUGAGACUAAUAAUUUCCCUGAGUUUACUGGCCGAGUAUGCCCCGCACCCUGUGAAGGGUCUUGUGUUCUUGGCAUCAUUGAAAAUCCGGUUUCGAUUAAAAACAUUGAAUGUGCCAUAAUUGACAAGGCCUUUGAAGAGGGUUGGAUGGUUCCAAGGCCUCCCGUGAAAAGAUCCGGGAAACGAGUAGCCAUUGUUGGAAGUGGUCCCUCUGGUUUGGCUGCAGCUGAUCAACUGAAUAGAAUGGGCCACACAGUAACUGUAUUUGAGCGUGCGGAUAGAAUUGGAGGACUUAUGAUGUAUGGAGUUCCCAACAUGAAGACUGACAAAGUGGAUGUUGUUCAACGGCGGGUUAACCUCAUGGCUGAGGAAGGUGUAAACUUUGUGGUUAAUGCUAAUGUUGGACUUGAUCCUUUGUAUUCUCUUGAGCGGUUUAGAGAGGAGAAUGAUGCCAUAGUUUUGGCAGUAGGAGCCACAAAACCAAGGGACCUUCCUGUACCAGGACGGGAGCUAUCAGGAGUCCAUUUUGCCAUGGAAUUUCUUCAUGCUAACACCAAAAGCUUGCUUGAUAGCAAUCUUCAGGAUGGUAAAUAUAUCUCUGCGAAGGGCAAGAAAGUGGUGGUAAUUGGUGGAGGUGACACAGGUACCGAUUGCAUCGGAACAUCCGUCCGACAUGGCUGCAGUAGCAUUAUAAACCUAGAGCUUCUUCCCGAGCCACCCCAAACUAGGGCUCCAGGAAAUCCAUGGCCACAGUGGCCUCGUAUUUUCCGGGUAGAUUAUGGACACCAAGAAGCUGCUGCAAAGUUUGGAAAAGACCCAAGGUCUUACGAGGUAUUGACCAAGAGAUUUGUAGGAGAUGAGAAUGGAAUAGUUAAAGGACUAGAGUUGGUACGUGUGAAAUGGGAGAAGGAUGCUUCUGGAAAGUUCCAAUUCAAGGAAGUCGAGGGUUCUGAGGAACUGAUUGAAGCUGACCUUGUUCUUCUUGCCAUGGGGUUCCUUGGCCCUGAGUCGACGGUGGCGGAUAAGCUGGGCUUGGAGCGCGACAACAGGUCAAACUUCAAAGCAGACUAUGGUCGCUUCUCAACCAGCGUGGAUGGAGUCUUCGCAGCAGGGGAUUGUCGGAGAGGUCAGUCCCUUGUGGUGUGGGCAAUCUCCGAGGGACGACAAGCGGCUGCACAGGUUGACAAAUACCUAAUGAGAGAAGACAAGAACGAUGUGAUUAGCUCAACAAACCAUGACGAUCAUCUUCUCAAGAGGCAUCAAGAUUUUAGCAAGAGGCAGCAAGACAGCGGUAAACACACAGUGAUGACAUAAGUGUCGUCGUUUUUUUUCUUCUUCUUUUCAGCGUUGCAGAAAUAUUGUUUUAGGUAGUAGAAUUGAUUAUCGCGUGGAUGGAUAAUCCCCACUGAGCAUGCUUAUGUCUCGCUAUGGAAAGGAACUGGUUUUGGCAGAAGCGGGAGGGAAUAAGGUUCAGCUUGAA